AUGCCCAUCCAGACAAUCUACACGAGCGACCUGCCCGCGCCGCCGCUCCCCCGCACCAGCUUCUUCAACUAUGUGUCGCCGAGCAGCGCGGCCGACUCGCCGCUGCAGCGCUUCGACCCCAACCUGCCGGCUUACGUCGACGGCAUCACGGGCCGCACGCUUACCCGCGGGCAGGUGCACGACGGCGCGCUCCGCCUCGCGGGCGGCUUGAAGAAGCUCGGCGUCAAGCGCGGCGACACGGCGUGCUUGUGGGGACCCAACUCGGUAGAGUGGGCCCAGGCCGCGUUCGGCGUGAUCGCUGCUGGCGUCGUGCUGUCCCCUGCCAACUCGGCGUACGAGCCCCACGAGAUCGCGCACCAGGUCAACGACUCGGGCGCGAGCGUCCUCAUCCUCGACCCGUCGCUGCUCCCCAAGCUCGACGCCGCGCGCAAGCACUUCAAGCGCGACUUUGCGCCGUCGCGCAUCCUGCUCCUGGCCGAGACCAAGGCCAAGCCAAAGGGAGCAAAGUUCAAGACCAUCUACGAGGCGUUCGCGGCGCCAGUCCCGGCGGAGCGCUUCGACGGCGACGAGGCGCACAAGGUCGCCGUCAUGUGCUACUCGUCCGGCACGACGGGCCUGCCCAAGGGCGUCGAGACGACCCACUACAACCUCACGUCCCAGUUCCAGGGCCUGCCGGGCACCUACACGCCGCUCGUGUCGGGCAAGGACUCGUUGCUCGGCAUCUUGCCGCUGAGCCACGUAUACGGGUUUGUCUUUAUCCUCUUCCAGCCGUACAGCGUCGGUGUGCCGGCCGUCCUGCUGCCGCGCUUCGUCGAGCUCGACGUGCUCAAGGCGAUUGAGAGGUUCAAGGUCUCGUACACCCUCCUCGUCCCGCCCAUCAUCAUUGUCCUCCUCAACUCGACCAACGUGUCCAAGUUUGACCUCAGCUCGCUCAACAAGCUCACAUGUGCGGCAGCGCCGCUCAGUGCCGAGCUCGGCCAGGCGUUCGAGCGCAAGUUCCCCAACAUCAAGAUGCCCGAGGGUUACGGCAUGACCGAGACCUCUCCCGCGGUCACAACGUCGUCUCCCGAGUCGCACCUCCGCGGCUCGGUCGGCAAGCUCCUCCCUGUGUGGGAGGCGCGCCUUGUCAACGACGGCGUCGACGCGCCCAUCGGCGAGCGCGGCGAGCUCUGGGUCCGCGGGCCCUGCGUCAUGAAGGGCUACCACAACAACCCGUCGGCCACAACGAGCAGCAUCACCUCGGACGGGUGGUUCAAGACGGGCGACGUGCUCACGCGCUCCGAGGAUGGAUGGUUCCGUGUCGUCGACCGCGUCAAGGAGCUCAUCAAGUACAAGGGUUUCCAGGUGCCUCCUGCCGAGCUCGAGGGCCUGCUGCUCGAACACCCCAAGGUGGCCGACAGCGGCGUCGUCGGCGUGUACGACGAGUCGCAGGCGACCGAGCUCCCGCGCGCGUACAUUGUCCCCAAGCCCGAGGUCCCCGCCCACGAGCACGCGUCGCUCGUGACCGAGAUCGGCGAGUGGAUCGCGCAGCGCGUCGCAGGCCACAAGAAGCUCCGCGGUGGUGUUAUCGCCGUCGAGGCCAUCCCCAAGUCGCCCAGCGGCAAGAUUCUCCGCAAGGACCUCCGAAAGCGCGCAGAGGAGGAGUGGAAGCUGAACCCAAUCAAGCCAAAAGCCAGGCUCUAG